UAUUUUAGGGGCCCCAGAUAACUUAAAAGCCUCAUUGAACAUUUGGUGUCUAGUGCAAAAUAGUAUGCUUGAUGCCGAGGAGGAAUACCAAGAUGUACAGGACACAGAGCCCUGCCCUUCUAGAGCAAGAAUUUGGAUGAAACGGACCAGCGGAGAAACCAACCGUCAGUCGGCACAACCUCUCCUUUUUUGGCCUUUCGCUAUCAAGUACAUCCAGUGUGUAUCAAGUGUGGUGUGCACUCAACUAGUUUAAUUCCCAAACUGCCAUCCUAAGGUGGGAAAUGCAGAAUUCUAUUUAAUUUUCACUUUUAAAGGGGUGAUUAUGGGUUUGCAGUCUUAGGUGUUUGCGGAGGGAUUUCCUUUUUCCUGGAGAGGCGUACCUAAUUCCCACCUGCUUCCUAAGACAACCCACACUCCCCUUCCUGGUCUAAGAGCUCACUGAGCACUGACCAAUAGGUUCGGCCCGAUUUCUCUGAGGGGCGGGACCUUGUGCCUGGGCUUCAGAGACCCGCCCCCCGUACGUGGCCUGCGUGCGUGACGCCGUGCGGCGCGAGGCGGUUUCUCCAGAGUGUGGCGCCCCCCGGCGGCAGCGAGAACUCAAUGUGACAACCGGAUCUGAGCGCCUGCCAUGGAGCCGCAGAAACAGGCGCCAACACCCGGGGACCCCGUCGCGUGGCCGCGUGGGCCCUCGACGUCUCAGACGCCGGACGACGAGGAGGGGCCGGAGGGCAACACAGCGCCCGCGGCGGCUUUUCUGGGCGCGGAGGCGGACGACGCCUGUGCGGACGCGCUGUGGGAGCUGCCGGUGGAGCCCGCCGAGCGGAGGCCCGAGUGCAGCCGCUGCAGCCGGCCUCAGAAAGUAUGUUUGUGUCCAUUUCUACCAUUGCAUCCUCUGCAUAUCUCUACUCAUUUGUACAUAAUUCAGCAUCCAGCAGAGGAAAAUAAAGUGUUGCGGACAGUUCCCCUUUUAGCAGCAUGCCUCCCCCAGGACAAGUGUAAAGUCAAGAUUGGUCGUCGCUUCAGUGAAGAAAGAGAUCCUGAACUUUCAACUGUUUGUCGGAAGUCUGAUACAUUAAUAUUAUAUCCAGGGGCUGAAGCUGCUAAUUUGGAAGAAUUUAUAUUAGAUUCUCCUAUUUAUCCUUCCACAAUCAUCAUCAUUGAUGGUACAUGGACCCAGGCUAAGGACAUUUUCUAUAAGAAUUCUUUGUUCCGCCUGCCCAAACAGGUGCAGUUAAAAACUAGUGUUUCUAGUCAGUAUGUAAUUCGGACACAACCGACUAAUAGGUGCCUUUCUACCCUGGAAUGUGCAGCUGCUGCUCUUUCCAUUUUGGAGAAAAAUGAUUACAUACAGGAGACUUUGCUUCGCCCUCUUCAAGCUUUGUGCUCUUUCCAGCUGCAGCAUGGUGCUCAAAUUCGCCUCAGCAAGGAACACCUUCUGAAAAAUGGAUUAUAUCCUAAGCCAAUGCCAAAGAACAAACGCAAGCUCAGGAAAAUGGAACUGUUAAUGAACAGUGUUAAAAUUUAGUACUGUUGUUCCAUGGUGCUAGUUAUGGUGUCUUCCGCUGAUAAAACCAGGUGAAGUUUUCAGAAAAUUUAAGUCUGUGGGUUUUUGACUGUCUAGAGUGAGAGUUGCAUGCUCAACUUGCCCAGCAGAAGGAAGUCAACCAAAUAGCCAUAAAAAAGCAAACAAAAAAAAAUUUCGCUGACCCAGUAAAAACCAAGGUUUCAUACUGAGUUUGUUUAAAAAAAAAAAUGUGCCUCUAAUACAUUUUUCCAGAUCCAUAGUUUGGAAUGUGUUUGAAAUUAGUUGUUGAGCGAGGUUAGAAGGUUUUUUUUUUUGUUUUGUUUUUUUUUGUUUUUUUAUGUAAAAUGGAAAGAAAUUAUUGUACCUGAUUGGGACAGUAUUGUUUUCAUGAAUGUUAAUAGAUAAUUAGGUGUAUAUAAUAGAGGAUACUUAUGUCAAUAUGCAAUAUUGUACAUAAACUUUAUAGUUUGAAGUAAUAACGAUCACCAAGUAGUUUAGAUUGAAUUUAUUUUUUUCAUAGAAUAAUAUAGCAGAAUAAGGGAACUAAAUAAAUUACUUAGGUACUAAACUUGAACUCAGCUAUUAUGAUUUAAGUGUUACUAUUAAUUGCCCCAGUUUUGUUGUAUUAGGGUAUACUUGGAACGUAAGAUUAUAUUAGUUUCAGGUGUUCACCAUAAUGAUUUGAUAUUUAUAUACAUUGCAAAAAUAAUCAUUGUAUGAUAAGUCUACCUAACAUCCCUCAUAUGUACUUAAAAGAUUUUUUUUUCUGAUAAGAACUUUUAAGAUAAACUUUCUUAGCAACUUUCUAAUAUAUGGUAUUUUUAAUUUUGCAGAAUUAUUAACUACAGUCACCAUGCUUUAUAGUACAUCUCCAUGAGGUAUUUAUUUUAUAACUGGAAGUUUGUUCCUUUUGACCCCAUUCACCCAUUUUGCCCACCCCACAGCCACCAGCCUGUUCUCUGUAUCUGUGAGCUUGUGGUUUUUUUUUUUUUUCUUUCCUUUUCUUUUUUUUAAGAUUCCACAUAAGUGAUAUCAAAUGAUAAUUACCUUUCUCUGUGUGACUUAUUUCACUUACCAUUAUGCCCUCCAGGUCCAUCCCUGUUGUUGCAAAUAGCAAGAUUUCAUUCUUUUUUAUGGCUGAAUGAUAUUCCACUGUCUAUAUACACACCACAUUUUCUUUAUUCAUCCGUCGAUGUCUAUUUAGGUUAUUUCCAUGUCUUAGCUAUUGUAGAUAAUGCUGCAGUUAACACAGGUGCGUCUUUUGAAGUUACUCUUUUUGUUUUCUUUGGAUAAAUAUUCAGAAAUGGAAUUACUGGAACUUAAUGGUAUUCUAUUUUUUACUUUUUGAGGAACCUCUAUACCUUUUUUCAUUGUGGCUGCACCAAUUUACAUUCCCACCAACAGUGCAUGAUAGUUCCCUUUUCUCCAUAUCUGUGUCCCUUUUUAUUUCUUGUCUUUUUCAUUAUAGCCGUUCAAACAGGUGUGAAGAGGCAGUUCUUUGGGGUUUUGAUUUGCAUUUCCUAAUGAUGAAUGAUAUUGAGCAUCUUCUCAUAUGCCUGAUGGCCCAUCUGUAUGUCUUCUUUAGAAAAGAGUCUGUUCACUUCCUCUGCCCAUUUUUUUGCCCCCUUUUUAUUCAAAUUGUGUGUGUGUGUGUGUGUGUGUGUGUGUGUGUGUGUGUGUUUGCUGUUGAAUUGUAGGAGUCCUUUAUUUUUGUUAUUAACUUCUUAUCAAUAUCUGACAUACAAAUAUUUUCUCACAUCCUGGGGGUUGCCUUUUCACUUUAUUGAUGCUUUUUUUUUGUUGUGCAGAAACUUUUUAGUUUGACGUGGCCUCACUUGUUUAGUUUUGCUUUUUUUGUAUUUGCCUUUGGUGCCUGAUUUAAAAAAUCAUUGCCAAGGCUGAUGUCAAGGAGCUUACCACCUUUGUUUUCUUUCUAGUUUUAUGGAUUUCACAUUUUACACUUGUCUUUAAUCCAUGUUGAAUUAAUUUUGUGAGUGGCAUAAGAUAGCAGUCCAGUUUCAUUCUUUUGUGUGUGGCUCUUCAGUUUUUCCAACAUCAUUUAUUGAAGACUGUCCUUUUGCCAUUAAAUGUUCUUGCCUCCUUUGUUAUAGAUUAAUUGAGCAUACAUGUGUGGGUUUAUUUCUGGACUCUAUUCUGUUUGAUGGAUCUCUGUGUCUUUUAUUUUUAUGCCAAUACCAUACUAUUUUGAUAACUAUAGCUUUGUAGUACAGUUUGAAAUCAGGGAGUAUGAUGCUUCCCCCUUUGUUUUUCUUUCUCAGGAUUGCUUUGGCUUUUGGGGUCUUUUGUGGCUCCUUACGAAUUUCAGGAUUGUUUGUUCUAUAUCUUUGAAAAAUGCCUCUGGAAUUUUAAUAUGGAUUGCAAUGAAUCUGUAGAUUACUUUGUGUAGUAGCCCUAAUUUUGAAAAAGGUGCAUGGAAUUUUGACACAGCACACAUUUUUAUUUUAUUCAUCAAGAAGGCUUAUUGAGUGUGAUAAACUAGUCAUAUGGAAACAACUGAAAUAGAAUAUAACUAUAAUUUCAACAACAUAUUUUUCUAACUGGGGCUAUUUAAAUAUUUUUUCGUGAACAAAAACUUUCAAUUUCAGAGAGCAAAUUUUCCCCACCCUUUUGGGAAAAAUAUUUACUGACAUUUUAUAUACUAGUAGAGACAUGUAUGUAACAUAUAUUUGUAUCUAACUUAAAUCUACUGCAGUCGUAUACCCAUAUUGGCAAGGAGAGGGGACUUUGUUUUCUUUAUUUAUGACUUCUAGAGUUUUUUGUAUCCAGUAUCAAGUUGUAAGGAAACUAAAUGUGCGACCUAAAAGUAAUCUUGUUAUAAAUACAUGUGCAUGUGUGAUAUAUGAAUGGUUAUUUCUGACCAUUUUCAUUCUUAUUUAUUUAUUUUUAUUGUUGGCCUAGAUUAAGCCCUUCUUAAAAGCUUUAAUGCUAGUCAGAAUGAUAGUAAAUGUUUGGGGAAACUAUGUAGAAAAUAUUUUAAAAUAUUAAACAAAAGUUAGAUUUC